ACAAAGAAGAAAGUAAUUGAAUUUGGAUAUAAUUAGGAAAGUUCACAGCUCAGAAAGGAUUGGUAAGGAAAUGGUGACAUAGGAAGCUGACUUGAAUCAGUAAUGCUUUUAGAAAGCCAGGACAGAAGCUGCAGUUCUAUUCUGGAUAGAUAUUGCUAGGAAGGUGGUUGGAGUAAAAAGAUCUGCUCUUCUUCCAGGUGAACAGCCCCAAGUUAUCCAAAAUGAUAGUCUUCAUUUUCUUAGCUAUGGGGCUAUGCUUGGAAAAUGAAUCCACCUCUCAAACCAUGGAUUGCAUGCAUUUAAGAGAGCAAUGUCUAAGUGAUAUGAAUGGAUGUAAACUUGCAUGGACUGCAAUAGAAGAUGCCUGUAAUAUUUCAGAUCCAGGUAACUCUUGCAAGAUGAAGGAUUCAUUGAACUGUAACCUGAGUAUCCAGUCUUUAGUGAAAAGCAAUUUCCUAUUUAAAGAGUGUCUCUGCCCUGAUGACCUUUAUUGUAUUCCUAACAAAUUGCUUGGAAAACAGUGCAUCAUUAAAUCAGAUAAUAUAAAGGAGGAUAAUAAAUUCAAAUGGAAUCUAACUACUCUUUCUCAUCAUGGUUUCAAAGGGAUCCGGUCCUGUUUGGAAGUGGCAGAGGCAUGUGUAGGGGAUGUGGUCUGUAAUGCACAGUUGGCCCCUUACCUUAAAGCUUGUUCAGCAAAUGGAAAUCUGUGUGAUGUGAAACGCUGCCAAGCAGCCAUAAGGUUCUUCUAUCAAAAUAUGCCUUUUAACAUUGCCCAGAUGUUGGCUUUUUGUGACUGUGCUCAAUCUGAUAUACCUUGUCAGCAGUCCAAAGAAGCUCUUCACAGCAAGCCAUGUGCAGUGAGCGGAGUUCCACCCCCCACUUGCCUCAAUGUAAUUCACAGCUGCCGAAAUGAUGGAUUAUGCAGGCGACGCUAUAGAACAUUUAAGUCAAAAUGUUGGCAGCAUGUGACUAGAAAAUGCCAUGAAGAUGAGACCUGCAUCAGCACCUUAAGCAAGCAAGACCUCAUUUGCUCAGGAAACAAUGACUGCAAAGCAGCUUACAUUGGUACCUUUGGGACGGUUCUUCAAGUACAGUGCACCUGUAGGUCCAUUACACAAAGUGAAGAAUCUUUGUGCAAGAUUUUCCAGCACAUGCUUCAUGGAAGAUCGUGUUUCAAUUAUCCAACCCUGUCUAACGUCAAAGGCAUUGCACUGUAUCAAAGAAACGCUGCUAAGGAAAUCACACAAACUGGAUUUCGUUCCCCUUUCAAUGGAGAAGUCAUCUUCGCUCUCUUGUGUAUGACAGUCACCUGUGGAGGAAUCCUUCUUUUGGUUCUUCUUAAACUGAGAACCUGCAGGAUAACGAGUCAAACAAGAAACCUUCAUUGA